AUGCGAUCAGCUCUCUCCGGUAAGGCUCGUUGGGAGACGCUCUCACACGCACGCAUCGUGAAAUCGCGCGCAGACAGCGUGCCUAGGUACAUACAACGAAGUAUGGAAUACAGACUUAUCGCACGAGCAGCUUGCGGGAUUCAAAGCUCUGGACUUCUGCAACGCUCCUUCAUUCAUCAUGGUUGCCAAGAACAUGUUGGUCAAGAUUCCCCACUUGUUGUGUUCCCCGACUGGGCACAACCUAGUCCAGCUAUUGCACCUCACCUGUCGUUUACCGUCUGCCGGACCACCGAUUGCUAG